AUGGCGGCAUUAGCUCCAACCAGAUUCCUUGUUCUACUCAGAGAGUUUACAGCCUUCAGAAAGAUAUCAUGGCGUUCUGCUGCAACCAACUACCACAGGCAAUCGCGUUUCUUAUGCCAUGUUGCGAAAGAAGAUGGGUCUCUUACUCUUGCAAGCCUUGAAUUGGAGAACAAACCAAGAAAAUCAGGGAAGAGUAAAGCGAUAAAGCUUGAGGGAGGUUUUGUUACUGACAUUGGUCAAGGUAAGGUAAGAGCGGUAAAGAACGAUAAAAUGAAACUAGUGAAGGUGAAGAAACAAGCUGAGAUCGUCUCACCUUUGUUUUCUGCAAAAUCCUUUGAAGAGCUUGGCCUCCCAGAUUCAUUGUUAGACAGUUUAGAAAGAGAAGGUUUCUCUGUUCCAACAGAUGUCCAAUCCGCAGCUGUCCCAGCAAUAAUCAAAGGCCACGACGCAGUGAUUCAGUCCUACACAGGAUCUGGCAAGACACUAGCUUACCUCCUUCCAAUAUUAUCCGAAAUUGGUCCACUCUCCAACAGUGAAAGCGAUAAGAGAGCAGAUAUUCAGGCAAUGAUCGUGGCUCCAUCGAGAGAACUCGGUAUGCAGAUAGUAAGAGAGGUGGAGAAACUUCUCGGACCUAAUCACCGUAGAAUGGUUCAGCAGUUGGUUGGAGGUGCGAACCGAAUGAGGCAAGAAGAGGCUCUUAAGAAGAACAAACCAGCAAUCGUCGUUGGCACUCCCGGGAGGAUUGCAGAGAUAAGCAAAGGUGGGAAACUGCACACUCAUGGGUGUAGGUUCUUGGUGCUAGACGAAGUCGAUGAGCUUUUAUCUUUCAAUUUCCGAGAAGAUAUCCAUAGGAUACUUGAGCAUGUGGGAAGGAGAUCUGGUGCUGGUCCUAAAGGAGAAGUCGACGAACGUGCUAACAGACAGACCAUUCUAGUCUCUGCAACUGUGCCGUUCUCCGUUAUUAGAGCAGCUAAGAGCUGGAGUCACGAGCCGGUUCUUGUCCAAGCCAACAAGAUCACUGCUCUUGAUACCGUUCAAGCAUCUGCACCGGCGAUUAGCUUGACCCCCACAACGUCUGAAGCUGAUGGACAGAUUCAGACUACUAUUCAGAGCUUACCUCCAGCGUUGAAACACUAUUACUGCAUCUCAAAGCACCAACACAAAGUCGACGCGUUGAGGAGAUGCGUUCACGCGCUGGAUGCUCAAUCGGUUAUAGCUUUCAUGAACCACUCAAAGCAGCUGAAAGACGUGGUCUACAAACUUGAAGCUCGUGGUAUGAGCUGCGCUGAGAUGCAUGGAGAUCUAGGGAAGCUAGGGAGAUCAACGGUGCUGAAGAAGUUCAAGAACGGGGAGGUUAGGGUGCUGGUGACUAACGAGCUCUCGGCUCGGGGUCUUGAUGUUGCAGAAUGUGAUUUGGUGGUGAACCUUGAACUGCCGACGGACGCGGUUCACUAUGCACACCGAGCUGGGAGGACGGGGAGGCUGGGAAGGAAAGGGACGGUGGUUACAGUGUGUGAGGAAUCGCAAGUGUUUAUAGUGAAGAAGAUGGAGAAGCAGCUUGGUUUGCCUUUCUUGUAUUGUGAGUUUGUUGAUGGAGAGCUUCUUGUCACUGAGGAAGAUAAAGCUAUUAUAAGGUAG